GUAAUUAAAAGCAUUGCAUGUAUUUCUCGAUGCUCUUUUCGGUCAUUGAUAAAAUUUCAUAAGCCAUUCAAGCAUGCUAGGGAGCCCUUCUACUUCGGGCCGUUCAUACGCAUACCCGAUAUAGACCGAAACUCAUAUACCUAACUAAUAUGCUUAUAACCCACAAAGACUACACAACUCCUACACCGCUCGUGACACUGUAACCAAACCAGUACACCAACACCUUUCACCCUACUCUCGAUCCUGUAUCAUCACACGGUAGUGUAUCAAGAUGAUUUCUCUUGUUGCUUUCGACCUCGAUGGCACGCUAGCUGAGAGCAAGCAGCCCCUAAAAGAAUCCAUGGGCGAGGCGUUAGCAAGCUUGCUCGCGGUAGCCCACGUAGCAGUUAUUUCAGGCGGCGAUUGGCCGCAAUUCCAGAAACAAGUAGCAAGCCAACUACCGCCAGGGGCUGACAUAGCGAAACUCUGGUUGAUGCCGACAACAGGCACAAAGCUAUACACGCACCGGGAUGGGGCCUGGCAACCUGUCUACGCAGAGCUAUUCGACGACGACGUCAAGAAGCAAAUACUCACGGCCUUUGACACAGCGUUGGAAGUGACGGGAUUUAAGCCGGAACAGACGUGGGGGAAUCGCAUCGAGGAUCGCGGCAGCCAAAUCACUUUCUCAGCCCUCGGCCAGGAGGCACCCAUUCACGCAAAAGAGGUAUGGGACCCGGACUUCGCUAAGCGCAAGGUCAUUCAAGCGGACCUGCGCAAACGUUUGCCAGACCUGUCUAUAAAUAUGGGCGGUGCCACAUCGAUUGAUAUCACGCAGAAGGGCGUCGACAAGGGGUAUGGCCUGAAGAAGCUGCGCGAUGCCAGCGGUAUUCCGCUUGAGCAGAUGAUGUUCAUUGGCGACGCCAUAUUCCCAGGGGGGAACGACUAUCCUGCUAAGGAGAUCGGCCUGCGCACUGUCUGUGUCAAAGACCCUAAUGGAACGCUCGCCGCUAUUGCUGCUAUCAUUGCAUGUCUGUCGUGAUUGAAAUGCCUAGGUUAGGGUAUCAGUUGGUGCUGGCGUUCGAGUUCAUGAUUUGAUAUAGCGGAUUUCGAAAGCGGAGACCUGAGAGGGAAAGAUACCUACCGCAUGUAAUUGGCAAAAAGUAUGUAGGAAUUGAGUACUACCCAGAGCGAAGCGCCCGUGGUGAUAUGAGAUGCAUCAACCUACUAUACAGAACGGUUCUUCGGGUUUUAAUGAAAACAACCGAAAUACCUAGUCGUCUGACGAAUAUAUGAUCCGUUUUGAUGCCGCAGAAUUGCGAACACAGUCACAUAUUAGCAGUGUGGAAUAUAUAACCUCUCCUAAGAUUAUGGCACGGGUCAAAUGAAUUGAAGACCUCUGUUGUGGCUGACUUAGAGCAGAGGUGCGCAUAUCAUCACGCCUGGCAAGUCUGUUCUACAUAAUACA